AUGGUAAAAUUGACGAUUGAAGAAUCUCAACUGCGCACUUUAUCUGCCAGGCUUCUCACAGCCUGCAAGCAAGGCUCCGUAUCUACUGUUCGGUCCAUCAUACCUACUCUUUACCCAGCUACUUCAUCUUCCGCUGCAACUGCUGCUGCGAUUGCAACCUCGUCAAUUGUUCCACCUCUAACCAUCCCUCUCGCAACGGCAGCUUCCCACGGCCAAGCCACUGUUCUCAAGUAUCUUCUCACUUCGCCCCCGUGCUCCACCUCACGAACCCCCUGGAGCCCCGAUUUCUCAACUCCCAUCUCGUCUCUCCCUGAUGAAUGGAAAGAAGCUCAAUACUCAUGUCUUGUCCCUCUAUAUGCCGUGAAGUCCAAAUCCCCAAGCGUGGUGCAAGCAUUGCUGGAUGCAGGCAUGCACGUUGACGAAGAUAUAGAGAAGAUGGGCCCGCCACUGAGUAUCGCCAUUCGAACGCAGAGUUCAGAGAUGGUCAAUUUUUUACUGGAGAAGGGGGCAGAUGUGAAUGGAGUGGAAUGGAUACCACCAGUGAGGUUUUUGGCCAGUGCCGCAAAACUGCCAUCCCUCGACGUCUUGGCUGCACUGUUGGACCAUGGGGCAACCCUGCCAGGAUCCCACGCUCUGAGGACAGCAGCUGGAGCGGGCAACAUUGGUGCGGUAGAGAUGCUACUAGAGAGGGGAGCGGAUAUAGAUGAGGUUCAUGAAUGGGAAAUCUAUGGUGAUGAAAUGGAUAUUAUUGGAACAGCCUUGCACGAGGCAGUGGAAAACGACCAGGCUGAAAUGGUUAAAUUUCUACUGAAGAGGGACGCAAAAAGAGAUGUGAAAAAUGGCAGGGGCGAGACGGCAAUGGAUGUUGCGGAAAAGGAUAACAAGUUAGAAAUUCUCAAGAUUCUAGAUGGGAACAUCGCUUAA